AUGUCGAUGCUUUGUUUCAUGUUGAUCGGAGGGUUUGUGUUCUGUCUUAUCCGCUCAACAGUUUUGUCGGAACUUCAAUAUUCGAUAAGCAGAUGUGAUAUUGACAAAGGUCGUCCCUUGCCGAAGUUUGGUGAAUGGGAUGUGAAUGAUCCAGCAUCAGCAGAAGGAUUCACAGUGAUAUUCAACAAAGCUAGGGAUGAGAAAAAGACAGGUGGCAAACCGGGAUCACCCGGUAAAUCCAGUGAGGGUCAUGUUAAGUCUGGAGGAGGAGAUCCUAGUAAACCUCAGCCUAAAAAGUGGCUCUGCUGCAUGCAAUCUCCGGCUGUGGACUCUUGA